GCCCGCCCUUCCUCCAUGGGCCGGCGCGGCCGGCGCUGAGCGCCAGGAGGCAGCGCCCGGCGGCGCCCGGCUGCCGCGAUGAGCGGCGGGGAGGUGGUGUGCUCGGGCUGGCUCCGAAAGUCACCGCCGGAGAAGAAGUUGCGGAGAUACGCAUGGAAGAAACGCUGGUUCGUCCUGCGCAGUGGUCGGAUGAGUGGUGACCCCGACGUUCUGGAGUACUACAAAAAUGACCACUCCAAGAAACCUUUGCGUGUUAUCAACCUCAAUUUCUGUGAGCAAGUGGACGCGGGCCUGACCUUCAACAAGAAGGAACUGCAGGACAGCUACAUCUUUGACAUCAAGACAAGUGACAGGACCUUCUACCUGGUGGCUGAGACUGAGGACGACAUGAACAAAUGGGUUCGCAGCAUCUGUCAGAUCUGUGGCUUCAACCAGUCCGAGGAGAACACAGACACCCUGAGGAGCAUUGCCUCCAUGAACCACGCACCGCGGUCCUCCCCGGCAGAGCUCAGCAGUGCCAGCCACCACCUGCUGCGAGAGCGCAAGUCCUCAGCACCGUCCCACUCCAGCCAGCCCACCCUGUUCACCUUCGACUCACCUGCCAGCCACCUCCAGAGCACCCUGUCUGCCAGUGCCCCCCAGGACUACCUUUUUCUCCACCAGUGCAUGAGCAGAAAGUCAGAAAAUGCAAGGAGUGCCAGCUUCUCGCAAGCCACACGGUCUGCCUUCUUCAUGCGGAGUGACACAGCAGUCCAGAAGCUCUCUCAGGGCAAUGGGCACUGCGUGAAUGGGGUUGCUGGGCAGCUCCAUGGCUUUUACAGUCUGCCAAAACCCAGCCGGCACAACUCGGAGUUCAGGGACAGUGCGCACGAUCUCCCACGCGCCUUUGGCUCCUACACCCACCCCAAGUCAAGCCUCACCAGCUCUGAAACAGAUAACGAGGAGGUCUACACCUACAAGACUCCCAACAACACCCUAUGCAAGGAGUUUGGGGAGCUCUCCACGGACUCCUAUGACAUCCCUGCCACCCCGCUCUCCAUCUACCAGAUCCCCAGGACAUUUACACUGGACAAGAACCACAAUGCUUUGGCUGUGGCUGCCAGCGACUCACCCGCUGCACCACCCCCACGGCCCCCGAAACCUGGGCAGACGGAGCCACGGUGGGGCAGCCCGCCCCAGCGGCUCCAGCCCAGUGAAAAUCUAGGUCUGGCCCCCAUGGCAGCCACCAUUCCACGGAGAAACACACUGCCUGCGGUGGAGAACAGCAGAUUGCACCGAGCUUCUUCUUGCGAGACGUACGAGUACCCCCAGCACGGGGGCAGCAGUGCCGUGCAGUCGGUCGAGUCCAUGAACGAUGGAUACAACUCCUACCUGCAAGCCAAGGCGGCAGUGGCCCGCUCCCACAGUACCGACUCCGAGGACAACUACGUCCCCAUGAACCCUGGUUCCUCACCCCUAAUCCAUGCCGAGAAAGCCAACGACAAUGCCCAAAACCUCUACAUACCCAUGAGCCCUGGGCCGCAUCACUUUGACCUGGUGGGGUUGUCCUCAGCCACCCUUCCUGUGCAUAAAGGAGGAGCCAUGGUGCAGUGUCACAGACGACUGAGUGAAAUCCAGCCCCCACCUGUCAACCGCAACCUCAAACCUGACCGGAAAGCAAAGCCAUCACCACUGGACCUGAGGAACAACACUGUCAUCGAUGAGCUUCCCUUCAAAUCACCAGUCACAAAAUCCUGGUCCAGGCCAACCCAGACAUUCAACGCGGGCUCUCUGCAGUACUGUCGCCCUGUCUCCUCCCAGAGCAUCACCAGCACUGACUCGGGAGACAGCGAGGAGAACUACGUGGCGAUGCAAAACCCCAUUUCUGCUUCUCCUGUUCCUAGUGGUACCAACAGCCCAGCGCCUAAAAAGAGUUCGGGGAGUGUGGAUUACUUGGCCCUGGACUUCCAGCCAAGCUCUCCAGGGCCACACAGAAAGCCCUCCACCUCGUCGGUCGCCUCAGAUGAGAAGGUUGAUUACGUGCAAGUGGACAAGGAGAAGACACAGGCACUGCAGAGCACCAUGCAGGAGUGGACUGAUGUGCGGCAGUCCUCGGAGCCUGCCAAGAGCGUGAAGCAGUAGUGCCUGCAGCAGGCAUCAAACCAGGCCAAUGUCCUGUCAGUUUUCCCCAGCUCCUCUUGGGCUGGAUUUCUAAGACUUGUCUGUGGAGGGAAGGGGGUCUCAUUAUUUUUUUUUCUCUUAAAACAAAACGAAACUUAAUUUCAAGGGAAGACUUGGCGGAUACUGUUUGCCAGUGAUAAAGACCAACUGUGUUCGGUGGCUAGUUUUGUGCUUUAGCUGCUGGAUGCACUAUCCAGGAACUUCAACUUAGCAAUACCAGGUUUCACCCUACACAUCUUUUGCUUGCAGCUGUCAAAGCCACCUUGUAUGUGCUAACACUGCAUCAUCUCUCCCCAUCUUCUUCCAUACCAUACCCCAAACCAUGCCAUGCAGGUUUGCAGCAUCUCCCAUGGGACAUCAUUCUCAGCUCUGAUUCUCCAUUCCUUACGGUUGUCCUCUUCUCUGCCUCAUCCCAAUCCCAAAACUUAGCAAGGACCGUUCCUUUUGAAAUCACUUUUGCUGUCUGAUCUCUUGUAAAUAAUAUGCUCCAAACCUCUGAGGGCUGUUCUCCUCCUGGUCAGAACUGCCCCUGUGGUUUUGGUUGGGAUUGUUAACUUUCAGAAGCUUGAGGAGCAUCCACACUGUUGGCAUUGAGCUGACUUAAAAGCCCAGGAUUUACCCCAUCGUGCACACACAGACAUGCUGGUACAAGCUCACACAAGUUUGUUGGGGUGUCUUCUGAUGAUAUUUUCCGUCAUCUCUCAAAGUCAAUGGGCUGGAGAGAUUGGCUUUGGAAGGUAGAAUUUAAGCCCUGACCUACUACCUAUCUGAAAUCACUUCCUGUGAAUCUGAUUCCAAGAACCAAAAUCUGCCCUUUGUGGCACCAAAAGAAGCCCAUGUAGUGAGAGUCCUACAUCUGUGGCCACUGUGAGAAGCUCUGAGGGGUGCAGGGAGGCUCUGGAGACCCUGUGUGUCUGGACUGGUGUAAGGAUGGGAGUGACAAGAAGGGAGUGGAAGGCUGCUGCAAGGACUGGGAGAAGGCAGAUGGAGAGGUUGGUCUUGAGUGAGGAAGUCUGGUGGAGCGUUUCUUGGAAGAAAGAAGGAGAGUAAUUGAAAUGUUGGUUGAUGGUGAGGUCAUAGGCUUGGGAAGAGGCUGGUCAGGACAGUCAGGGCAAGGUGUUUCAAUAUUAGCUUUAACAUAGCAUUAUGGUUGGUUUGUGGAGGGUCCAAAAGGCUGGACUGUUUUCUCCUCAUGUUCAGCAGUGCUCAACACAGAAAUGAGGCUUGCUGACAUUAACAACCCUACACUGUGACUAUGGGUGGGAAUCUGCUGUUGCCCCUUGCCAGCAUCCUUAACACAUCUGGGCUUUGGGAUCACUCUCCAGGCAGCUGCUGGAUGCAGAGAGACAAGAAGGAUGAGACAGUUUAAUGCAGAGAUAAUAAUUCAUGAUCUCAUGAAAACAGGAAGGACUUAUGAUUACCAUGGAGCAGCCUGAUUGCCAGACAGCAAGCGCUGACACGGAUAAGCAGGUUGACUGCAAACCGAGAGCCAAAUGAAGGAGACAUUAGAAAGAUGAGGUAAUAAUAUUUAUUAAAUAGCUGGAGCUUUUCCUUCUGCAAGCUGAACCUCUCCCAGUGCCAUGAGCUCUGUGUUCCACCAAACCCACCAAGUUGUAUUGAUUAUUAAUACUUAAGUGUUAACACAUUUGUUUAAUCUUGGUUUGAGUUUGGAAAGGGCCAGACGUGACCCACAAAGGGAUGAGAUACCAGUCCCUUAAAGGGUAUGCUGGUAAAAUAACUUUUGAACUUACAACACCAUUUUACAUUUUCUUCUUGCAUGCCAUGAAAGGGAAGGAUGUUAAUGGAAAAGCUCUGACAACCCAUUUAAGGCAUUGAAGUGUUGGGCUUUGACAGAAAUAAUGAAGCAAAUAUCCUAAUGCUCAUGGUAAAAAUAAUAACCACUAGAAGAAAAAAAAAAACCCAAGGGGAAGAUUUAGCACAGUCAGAUGCUUUCUGAAGGUCAGGGAGUGUGUUACAGCCUGUAAGGGCCAUUGCCUCUUGUUGGGGUCUUGCACACUUGUCUGGUGAGAUGAUGAAGACUGGAGUACCCCUUUUGUCACUGCACCUCGCUACCGUGGAAGUGGGCAGGCAAGGUGGAGGCAGCAACAGUAGUCAUUUCUGAUGGUGCAGGGGCUUGAGACACAAUGGGUUUGAUUGAAACACAAUGGGUUUGGAUGCAGUUUGCUGAGCGGGUGCCCUGUGCUUCUGCACUGGGACUAGGUGCAUCCAGUACCCACUCUCACAUAUAAUCCAAAGUGUUAAUUAAGACUGAAAAGGCCUUUUGUGAUACUGGAGAGACUAGGCCUCUCUCUCCACAUUUCACAGAUGUCUGUAUUUGUUCACAGGGCAAGCAUUGGCAUGGGAUAGCACUUUUCCCAGGCUCAGAUCCCCUGUUUUGAUGAUUUGCUCUCAUGAGCAUUGCCAGUAACUGGCCCGUUGCAUUUGGCAGACCAAGGACCAAAACAGCCCAAAAGUAGCUAUUUUACAACUGCUGGUUGCUCGUCCCUCUCUGCUUUGCAGUGAAGUCUGUGUUCUCACAGAAACAGGUACGUUUCUCCAGUUUUUUCCCCUGCUAUGCACCAAGCAAACAGCACCUCCAAACUGAGUAGCUGCCCACAGACUCUAUGCCUUAUAGACAUGACUGUAUCAACCCCUCCUGAAAGCUGUUAAGUAAUCAAUGGCUUGAGUGGAAAUAGUCAUCUGUGACGAUUGCUGAGCUGAUUACAGCAGUCCCUGAUGAUUAAUGUUUGUGCAGUAUUUAGUCUUAAACCAUAUUGAAAAGCAGCUGCUUUAAUUACAUGGACUGCCAAGAACUUUGUCCUGAAGGCAUUGAGUUUAUCACAUCCACUCUAUACUUGGAUGCUCAAGUAUGACUGACUCUUUUGUUAGAAAUACGCAUUUUAGGAAGCUGAGAACAUUGCAAAUUAUUCAUUUUAAUUGCAAUUAAAAUGGCUUGAGCCUUCACGUCAGAGCCUGCUCUACAGCUCUACAGUCCCAUUUAGAAAAGGGAUGUGCUUGCAUGUGUGUGGCAGGACAAGCAUCAUGACCUCAAUUAUUUACUUCUUAUGAAGCACCAGGGCCAUGGCUUAAAGCUUUCCCCCAAGCUUUAAAAUUUCUAAGCUGUUGGGUUUAAAGGCAAAAGUCUCCAAAACUGUGUAUCCCUUGCUGUGAGUGUGCAACUGCUGCACACUGUCUGGUGAGUUGUGCCUUGGAGUUGAUUUGCUCUGAGCUGACAUUUGAGUGUUUAGUGUGAAAUACAUUUCCAGCUCUAAAUGGAUGCCAGGCUUAGGCUUAGUCUCAAGUUGGGGAAAGAAAAUAUGUGUGAGUGCAGACUAUGCCAGGGCAAAGCUGAGAGUCUGGCAGAUAAGGCUAAAUACAGAGCCAGAACCAAAAGGUAGCUAAGGCUUGGGUUGAUGGGGGCUAACUAGGAUAGAUUUGGACACUGAGCGACAAGCCACUGACAAGGCUGAUAUAUGGGGGAACAUGUGGUUGGAAGGAGAGAAGGCAGGGGAGUUUGCCAGCAUGGCAAAUUCUAAGAUCUAGUGAUUCUAGGAUCCUAGUCCCUUGAGCAUACCAGGAAGAGUUGGCUUUUUGGCUACCCAUUGAUCAUGGCCCCUUGGGAGGGUUAGAGCUAUGCCCAGGUCUUAUGUGGUAUGGACUUUAGUAGGAAGAUGUUAAAAUAGUUCCCAGGUCCUGUCUGAUCUUUCUGGCCUAGGAGGUAAGAGAAUGGUUUUCUCAAGUCAUGCUUGCAUUGUGUUGAUGUUUUCCCACCUGAUGAUGUAAAAGUUCCAUUCCAUGUAAAAGUUGACAGUCACCCACAUUAUGUGCCCCAUUGAAGAGAUCCUGUCUGGAUGAGAUGGGUACAGUGGGGCUGUGAUUAUGGAGAAGCCCCAUCUGUAACAGGAAGGGGGAAGAGCAAAGCCUAACCCUGACAUCAGUCAGAGAACAUGCAUGGACAUCAAAGAACUGUCAAGAAAAUCAGAGGGACCAGUCCAGCAUCAACUCACAAGGGCCAAUAAACCAAUUUAGGCCCCUGAUGAGUCUGUGUGCCUGUCUUCUCUGCCAAACCUGCCCACAUGGAUGCAAUGAUCUUUUAGCUGUUAAUGAGGUUCUUGCAGGUAGAGACAUGCACCUUUUGGUCAUGAUUUCUCCUUGGUGUCCCAUCAUUGUAGUCACAAUUUUAUCUCCUUGUUCACAACUCCUAGUGUUGUACUGUUGAUCAGGUUGUUAAUUCAGUAGUUGAUAUGUAGCAAGGUGCCACCAAACAGCUACCCUCCUUCCAACCCAUGGCCAGCUGGUCCCUUUGGACGUGGUGGCUGAAGCACGUCUCAGACAGAGGAAGGGAGCAGGACCCUGGGCUCCUGUUGAAGGGAGCCUGUUGAAGAGUUCCUUAGGGUUAGGAUCAAACCUUUAGAGUAGUUAUAUCCCUCUCAACCCAGCCCUUGGCAAAGUCAGCGUGUCCCCAGUGACUUUGGGCAUCAUUGUGUGGGAACAGACGCAGCCAAAUUAGGGUAGUUUUUUCCAUUUGUCUCUUAACCUGCUGCGAGGAGGGGCCGGAGCCCCGGCUGUGAAGCUGUUGCAUCGGCAGCCAAUUCGCAGGGACAUUUUGUGUGUUUCAAAGCCUAUGACUGUUCUUAAAGAGGAGUAUUUUUAAUUUUUUGAUUUCCAUUUGUAGAAGGAAGGAAAAGAGUAAUUUGUGGCAAACUGUACAGUAUGUGUCUUCUUGUGGUGUCACUGUUUGAAUGGUUAUUAAGUUUUCCAAUCACUGUGGACAGCUAAUCACUUAAGUUAUUAAUUUAUUCUUUGGGGGUUUGUUGUUUGGUUUUUUUAAAGGUAAUUUGAAACAAUUAUUUAUCCUGUAAAUCGGUCUUGAGUGAAGCCUAGAUAAUACUUUUUUUGCUGUUAAUAAACAUGGUACAUGCCUGACGUGAAGGUGAUCUCAUUUUUAAGUACUGUAUAUGCAACGGGAAAGCAACGGGAAAAUAAAAGAAUGAUAAUAAAAAGACA